GGCGUGUUGAACUUGAAGUUAUUGGUUUUGUUAUUUUUACUCGAAAAGAUUUUCCUGUUGUGUUGUGAUAUACAAAAAAAAAAUUUUCAAUAAAAUAUGAAGACAAUAAUAGCUGCAAAAGAUAAAUCAUAAUAAACACAAACUGAAGUCACCCGUCGUCGUUUUAGCAACAUACGUUAAAUUAUGAGCCGUCUUUAGAAUGCAUUAUAUCAUAAGUAGUAAAUUUAUUUAAACCUUAUUAAUUAUGAUUGGUAACGGAACAGCGAUCGUGGAUGGCAUGAGUGCUACAGAUGAUGCGGAUGCUCGUAAAGCGAGUGACUUUUGCAAAGAUUAUGUUCGGGGCAACUGCACUCGUGACAAUUGUAGAUUCUUACACGAAUUACCUCCUAAAGGCUUUCUGAAGGAGCUCUUUCGGUUCUGCCAUGACUUUCAAAACAAAGGUUGCUUCAGAUCAAAUUGCAAGUUUAUUCACUGUUCAGUAGAAGACGAGGAGCGUUUUUAUGCGACUGGAAUAAUCCCUCGGGACCCUCGAAAUCCCUUAUGCCAAGCUUACAUCCAAGGAAAUUGUAUAAACAAUGAUUGCAAACUGGUUCAUCCUCCAGAUGUAGUAGGCAAUGAUUUGAUUCCUGUGAUGAAUCUGCCACCACCAAUGUUCACUCGGCCUCCUCCACCAAUCAGAGAUGAAGACUCUCCACCAGAACCUAAGUUUAGAAGAUAUACAUUUGACGAAAGUGCAAUAGAUAAACAAGUUAUGCCUUGCUCUUCCACAUGUAAUAACUGUGAAGCUCUAGACCACAAAGUCAAACUGUUACAUGAUAAUAUUAGUGUUCUAUUAAAGAAGGUUGCAGAUUUAACUGAGAAAAAUAUGCAGCUUACUUCCAUGAAUGAAUUUCUAUUAGGACAAACUGCUUCAAUAAGAAGUGAUCAGCCAUGUGUUAUAACUUCUAGACAUGGUGGUUCUGCUCCGGUGUCUUUGGCUACUGUAAGUGUGACUCCCGUGGUGAGUUUGGCAGGAGCUCUACCUGCCUUAGUUCCAGCAACAGCAACGUCUAACUUAGCUCUUGCACCAGCUGCUUCUAGAACUCAGCUGCUAACUCCAGCUCCACAAAUAUUGACAGUUAGUACUACCCAGCAACUGGUUGGCAACUCAGGGGCACUGAUAGUUACUAGUGCUGGGGCACAACAACUGAUGCAAGUAAGCGACUCUGGCACAUUGAUGGGUGGUGGACAGACAGUAGUAGCAGUAACACCAGCGCAGCUUACUUUGGCCCCACCAACUCAACAACUUAUAAGUAGUGCACCACAAACAACUGUACAGCAAUUAGUACAGCAGUCUGCAUUACAGUCCCAACUUGCACCACAACAUCAAGCACCACAGUACGCAGCAGCCCAACAUAAUACUACAGUGCAACACUUAGCUGCUGCUCAACAGUCGGCGCAGCAUUUAGCGGCCCAGCAGUCAGCACAGCAUCUAGCCGCCCAACAAUCAGCCGCUCAGCAAUCGGCUCAGCAUUUAGCUGCACAGCAGUCAGCUCAGCAUUUAGCGGCCCAACAGUCAGCACAGCACCUUGCGGCCCAACAGUCAGCGCAGCACCUUGUGGCCGCUCAGCAGUCAGCACAACAGCUCGCGCAACAGUCCGCCCAGCAGAUGGCAGCACAACAAUCAGCUCAACAACAACUGGUGCCCUCUGCGCAGCAACUAGUUCACCACGCCCAGCAAAUGGCCGCACAGCAGUCGGCGCAACAGCUGGCUGCGCAACAGUCUGCUCAGCAACAGCUAGUACCCUCUGCCCAGCAGCUAGUGCACCAAACGUCAACUCAGCAGAUCACAAUGUCUAGCCAAGCUCAGUCAAUGGCGCUGCCCAACUCUCAGGCCCAAUCCAUAACAUUCCCCAUAAUAUCACAAAGUAUACUACCACACUGAUAAAAUAUAAUGCAGGUUUCUUUGUUUAAAAUCAUAUACUUGUAUUUAUGCCAACAACAUUGAAAUAUGUUAUAACUUAGAUAUUUAAGGUUUAUUGUGAAUAAUAAUGUGUGAAUGUUAGUUCUUUUAUUACCAACUUAAUACAAGAAUUACUUUGCUUAAGAUCUACACAGUGUUGUUAAAAUGAUAGUAAAUGUAGCAAUAACUUGGUCAUAAUAUCAAUUUCAUUUAUAAAUGUAAUCUAUGGACAUAACUGAAAUGAGUAGAUCCAAGUUUAAUUGAUUUAUUGUUUCAGUCUGAAUGAAGUCCAAUGACAGUUUUGAGCUAAGAUCAAGAUUUACCACCA